GUCGACUUUUCCGAACACGGGUCGACAAAACGAAUAAUAAAAAAUAAUUUAAUGACAUGGCUGACUGUGUCGUUAGUGUGUGCUUGGUCGUGCUUGUGUAACUAAAACCGCUAUUUUAGACUAAAAAGCAGUAUAAUCGAAUCUACACCUACAAAAGCAACCAAACAGAAAAUCAAACACUACUCAUCAAUAUUGUUUCUUUACAAAUCACCAACCACGGAAAAUACUCAAAAAAAAUUCAAAUCUUUCACCGAAACCAAGAAAUCGCGACAUUAAUCUUAGUGUUAUCGAGAAAAAAAGCCUUAAAGAGAAAAUUGUAAUGCAAUUGUGAUCUCCAAGUUUAUUUUCAUUUUUUUGUUUGAGAACAAAAAAAAACAAGUGUUUUAAAAACGAAAAAGGUAUUGAGGGACAGAAGUUAUAACAAAACAACUCAGCACGCAUUUACGACAUUUCUUUGGAACCAAGAACGAAAAAUAAAAAAAAAAAUCCACCACCAUCGGAAACAGCCUGAUCACCCGGAAAACGGAACACCGACAGUCACGUCUGCCCGGCAGAGCCAGCAGCAUUGGCGACGGUAGUAGCAGCAGCAAGACGGCUGACUUCUGAUUUGCAACGGAACGAUCCAAAACAGAAGUGUCAGUGAAAGCAGCAGCUGCAGCUUACGAGUAACAACAUCCUCCGGAUCGCGUAAGGGCAUGAGUGUGAAAAAAAGUGUUUCUAAUAGAUAGGAAAAGACUAACACGUUAAGUCACAGUGUACAAGGAUAACACCAAAAUUUGAUAACCAAGCUACGCAAGUGACUACGAUUAGAAGUAAACAUAAAGAACAGAAGCCAAAAAAAGCAAAUCAACAAGUAUUGUUUAUUGAUUUUCUAUAGUUUCGCUAUCGCUAUUCGCGUCUUAAUUUUGUGUCGUGAAAACCAUCAUAAUCUGGACUAACGAAAAAGAAGAAAAAAGUACUGUUCAUUCAGUUUUGAAUUCUGUUCAAAUAUUGCCAUCACAAGACAGUCAUCAGCUCAGUGCUUUCAAGUGAAUGAUUCUGAAUUUUAAAGAAUCCUAGCAGAACCAGGAAAAACUAUCAAGUACAAAGCAUCAGAAAAAAAACCGUUUCAAAUCAGCAAAUUAACACAUUUCAUUAAGUUAAAUUCUGUAUUAAAUCACAAAAAUUAGCUCUUAGUUCGGUGAAAUCCUUUGAUAACGAUAAGACUAACUUCUCAGAAAAGAGAAGCAAGUGAAUGUAAACGAAUAAAUAGUAAAGAAAUGUGGACCGUGCGAGCCGUUUAAAAAAAACUUUGAUGUGAACGUUUAGUUUUCAAUAGAAGACACAAGCAGUGAUGGAAUGAUCCGUUUUAUACGAAGCGUCAUAGGAAAUAUUUAACAAAAUCCUAAAAGUCUAAAGUGGAAAAACAAAUGAGAAAUUAAAAAUUCUGAAAUAUAAAGAAUACAAAUAAAACCAUUCUGUGAUAAAAUUUAAAAAAUAAACAAGUAAACAAAAGUAAGCUACGUUUAUUGAUGCAAAACUAAGUUUAAGCUAAGAAGUAAGUGAAAACCCCUCCCCUGCAAUAGGGUGCCACACGAAAAAAAAAACUAAAAAAACAAACGAAGAAACAACUAAGAGUGACUGUUCAAAAAAUACAGAAAAAGAACAAACACUUCCUACCAUACCCAGGUGUGAACAAGUAAAACGUGAAAGACUUAGUGAUCAAACUACAAGUAUAAUAAACAAUUAAAGCAAAGAAAACAAAACCAUAACCGGACAGUGAUUCCUUUUACAUUAUAGAAAUUAUUUGUCGUUAAGUACCCUACUAGCUUUUAUUUAAACGAAUUUCCUCUUGUUUUCUAAUGGUUAAGUUGUGUUUAUGAGUUUUUUUCUUUCGGAAGAGAAGAAACACUUAUUUAUGCGUUUGAGUGCUGCUUAAUACCGCGGUGUGUUGGAUUCUCGAAGCAGGGAGAAGAAAAAUAACAUUCUUCAAAGAAGAGAUUAAUUUAAUAUAAUAUAUUGAAAUAUAUUGCCACUGAAAACAGUUAUCCAAUCGCAAAGUGAGGAAGAGUGAUUGCGAUCGGUAGAAAAAUCUCUUGUGCCGUGAUAAUAACGCAAAGAAAACGAGGAUAAAACUUUGUGAUCAACUAGUUCCGGCAGGCAGAAUACAAACCGGCAAAAAAGUGGACGCGUUAUCGCGCUCUAGGCGUGUGGUGGGGCUGAUUCCUGAGACGUUGCUGAACAUGGGAAGUCAAACGAAGCCUUUCCGCUCCGGGGAUGCAUCGUUCUUGGACUACGUUGACUACAGUCAGCGGGACAUGUUCUUCAGCGGCCAGGGUAAUCCUCCGUCGGCAUCGAGGACCCCUAUGACACCCUCGAACUCAUUUCCGCCAAUCGGGACUUUCACGCUAGAUUCGGCCACCAUGGGAGGUGCAUCUGCUCCGCCGAGUCAAAAUGCUGUUUUUGGUGGUGGUGAUUCGAUGAGCGUGCUCGGCAAUCCAGGUGGCAGUUCUGGUACUACUAUUGGUGUUUUCAGUACGAAUCCGAUGAUGAACAUGUCCGGUAACGUAGGCAGCGGCGGCGGUGGCGGUGGUAAUACUAACAACUCGUACGGUAAUGGUCCUCCGAAUAGUAACGGGGCCGAUGCCAACCAAGGUACUCGCGAAACAGGUAUCAUUGAGAAACUUUUGCAUUCGUAUGGAUUCAUCCAAUGCUGUGAACGUCAGGCUAGACUCUUCUUCCACUUUUCUCAGUUUGGAGGCACAAUCGAGCACCUCAAGAUCGGCGAUCCGGUGGAGUUUGAAAUGACAUACGAUAGGCGCACCGGAAAACCGAUCGCAAGCCAGGUAACCAAGAUUGCACCGGAAGUUGUACUCUCGGAAGAACGUGUCACCGGAACCGUUACCACCGAGCUGAAGACCGAGUUGUCGAAUGCAUCUUCGAGCGACACAACGACCGGUCGUAUCAGCUACGAAAACCGGGGCGAGUGCUUUUUCCUACCAUAUACCAAAGAUGAUGUCGAAGGGAAUGUCACUCUGAGAGCUGGCGAUAAAGUCAGCUUUCAGAUUGCCACUAAUCAAAGGGGUAACUUGGGAGCAUGCCAUAUCCGUCUGGAGAAUCCAGUUCAUCCGGUAAAAUACCGCGGAGUAGUUUGCUCGAUGAAGGACACUUUCGGAUUUAUUGAGCGAGCAGACGUAGUCAAGGAGAUCUUCUUCCAUUUUUCCGAGACUGAUAAUACGAUCGAAUUACGCCCGGGAGACGAUGUUGAAUUUAUAAUACAAACCAGAAAUCAGGGCAAAGAAGUCGCAUGCAACAUUGCCCGCCUUCCGCCGGGCUCAGUCAUCUUUGAAGAUGUGGAUUCCACUAUUUACAAGGGCCAAGUGCUAAAAUCGCUCGAUCGCAAUAACCAACUGCGACAACAGAACAACGAUCCGCUACCGGGACGAAUUAGAUAUAGGGCUGCCGAUCAUUCGGAAGUAGAAGUGCCAUUCGGGGACAAGGAUCAGAAGGGUGACUUCACUCUGCGUCAUGGUGAUUGGGUUCAAUUUCUGCUGGCGACCGAUCGUCGUGAUCAAUUGCAGCGAGCCACAUCGAUUUCACUGCUAGAUGAAACUUUCCAAGUUUCCGGUGAAAAGCGUGAACAAGGUGUUGUCUCAUCGCUUAAGGAAGGUUUCGGAUUUCUUCGCUGCGUCGAACGUAACCCAAGACUGUUUUUCCACUUCACUGAGGUCUUAGAUACGAGUCGCGAGAUUUGCGUGGAUGACGAAGUAGAAUUCACCGUUAUUCAGGAUCCUGGAUCGAGUUUCGCCAAUACUCGUCAAAGUGCGAUUCGCAUCAAACAUCUGAUGCAGGGAACUGUCAAGUUUGAAACUUUGAUCGAGGGUAAUGUUGAAGGUAUCGUGUCUCGAGAGGCUCCUAAGAGUCCUAUUAAAUCGCAAGAACGCACCGAGGGAGGUGUCAUUUCCUAUGGCCAAGGCCCUAACAAAAAGACUAUAAUGUAUUUCUUGAAGGAUUGUGAUAAAGCGCCACGUGUGGGUGAUAAAGUUAGAUUCAAUAUCUGUCAAGUUAAACGAAACAAGGAGUUGAUUGCAACUAACAUUCAGGAAAUCACCAACAAUCCUCAUCAGUUGCAGCAGCAAACGUCGCUGACUGCCACCGGAGCUGAUCAGCAACAGCUUCUCCAGCAGCAGCCGUCGUCGCAGCAGCUACAGCAGUUAGCUUCGCUACAAACGCUUCAGCAACCGCCGCAUUCGCCCAGCGCUGGCGUAAACAACGGAAACCGUACCAUGAAUAGUAGUUCCAGCAUGCUGAAGGCUAGCUAUGCUAAUGGCAAUAUUAAGUCUGGAAAAAUUCAGCAUGGUUUCAUUGCUGUGUUAAAGGAAAACUUCGGCUUCAUCGAAACCAUCGAACAUGAUCAGGAAGUAUUCUUCCACUUUAGUAAUUUUAUAGGCAACACCAGUGCUCUAGAGCUAGGUCAGGAAGUGGAAUAUUCGCUCUCCACUCGCAGUGCCGUCAACGCGGGUAACUGCAUUCCUGCAGAGAAUGUUAAAAUCAUUCCUAAAGGUAGUAUCCCGCAGCCCAAAAUUUUACCAGCACUGUACAAUGGUAUAGUACUACGCCCUCUGCGUUGCAUUAAUCCGGAUCAGCUAGAAUACUGCGGUCUGGUACAGGUUCGCAAUGAGAAUGGUGAUGGCUUAUCAACACAUGAGUUUGGCAUUACCAGCUUGAAAAACAAACGGGAUUUGUUGCAGAAAGACGAUGUCGUUACAUUCAAAAUCGAUGAUCAGAACCGUGCUGUGGAGAUAACAUCAAUUCGUACUAAGAAACAAGCUAAAGUUGAUUCCGUUAAGGGGUUGUUUGGCUUUCUGGACUUCGAGGUCGAAGAGGGUAAAAAAUUGUUCUUCCACAUGUCUGAAGUGCAGGGUGGGGGCAGUUUGUAUCCCGGCGAUUCGGUGGAAUUCUCCAUUGUCACUAAUCAGCGCAACGGCAAAACAUCGGCUUGUAACAUGAUCAAGGUAGCGGACAUGAACGGAAUGCGAGCAGAUAGGUUGUUGUCGCGUAUCAAACUCAAUUCUGUUGAUGAUAGUGGACCACGUUUGACAGUAACACGGGCACCGAAAGGACCAGAUGGUACAAAAGGCUUCCAUAUUUCAGUCAGAGCUCCACGUUUAGUUGGAAUUUGCUUGGAAUAGAAAUACUUUACACUAUUAUUAAAGGAUAAUAACGCUAUUUUUUGUUUUAUUUUUCUACUGAUUUAUUAUUUAAAUUAUUUAAACAAAUCUUUUUAUUGCAACCAUAUUAUCGUGAACGUAAACGCUAAGUAAUUAUUAUUUAUAAACGACAAAAACAAACAAAAAAAGCAAACACGAAACAGAAUCAUUGUCGCGUAUAUUCAUAGAUGGAUGAAACCAAUGUGAAAAAAAUUAUAGAAAGAGAAGCAACACAACAAACGUAACGUAUUCAGAUAAGCAACAAAUAGAAAACAAUAUGCGCAUAAAUAGACGUGUGAGCAAUGGUUAGCGAAGGCAUAUUGGUGUAGUGGCGUAUGCUGGAUUGAAAAAAAAACGACAUUGUAUAAUCAAAACAAACUGCAGAAAACAGAAGACGAAUUUUCGUUUUGUAAUAUUAUUGUAACUGUGUUUUUUCUUCCCUUAUUGUAAACUCAAUUGUGAAACAAGUGAGAUAAAGGCAAAGUUAUACAAACAAAAUUAUGUAACGCAAACUGUGAACAAAGAUAACAUAAGCAAAAAGAAAUGAAUUAUUGAUUGCUCUUUUAAAAGAAAUAUUGCGAUGCUAUGCGGCCGUUUUGUUCUCUAUUUUCCACAAAAUCUAUUUUGUUAUCGAUAUUGUUUCUAAAACAUGCAUUAUUUUUGCUCUGUGACAGAGACGAGAAUGAAAAUGAAGCCAAGUAAAAAAAAAUACCUUUCUCAAAUAUUUGUUUUUAUUCACACAUACCCGCGAGAAACAUUUUAAGAGCGUGAGAAGAUGCGCGAUAUGUUGUCUUAUUUUGUUUGCCAAUUCAGCUGUAUCAGUUAGUGUUUAGUUUUAUUCAUGCGCGAGUGAUCUAUAUUGAUUGCAUGCAAAACUAAUAAAAAAAAACAAAUGCGCCAAGUAAGCAAAAAACAUGAUGAAUAUACAUCAUACUUAGAAUAAUAUUAUAUUGGAAGCAAGCAUUAAGACAUGAAUCUAAUUCAUCGUUCAGUAAAUCGCUAAUUGUAACGUAAAAACAAGUAAAGAAUACCAAAACCUAUUUCUUUAAAAUCAGAAAUCUUCAGACUGUUAAUGCCCACGUUUCAAAGUGUCUCCUGUCUUUAGAAUUUACUCCCUCAACUAUAAGGCAAACAUAUUUGCUUACUUACACCGAUAGCCUCUCUGAAAACGAAAUAUUAAAUGUAUUUUUGUUGUUUUUACAUCUACUGUAUGAGGCCGUAGAAUUAGAAUGGCACUGGAUUCCUAGAGGAGUCAGAAUACGAAUCGCUAGUACCCGAUGAAUGUAGUUUUUGCUGUUGAAUCGCGAGUAACAAGUGGCUUUAUAGCAAAAACCGCAUUAGUGAACCCCUAUCCAAAGGAACCUCGCCUCGGAAAGAAUCACAUUCUGCUAAACUAGGCAAAACGCAACACACACAUAUACAAAAAAAUAUAUUGCUUGAAACGUAAACGUACUAUUUAUAAGUGUGAAAAAAAAAAUAAAAACAUGAAACUAAACUAAUUUAGGGAUUCUAAUGACAACAAGGAUAGAAACGGAAUAAUAAGCAACUACAGAAAAAGUGAAAACUAGAAAGCCAGAAACUAGCUAGGAGUGAAGCUAAUAGAAAUGGGAGGCUAUCGUUAUCAAGUAACAAACGUUUAGAAAAACUCCCUGUUUUUUUUUUUAAUCAUCAACUUGAUCUAGUCUUCGUAACAAAAGCAAGCAUACAAGAAGAGAAGAAGCAACAAACCAGAAGCAUCAACAACACACAUUACUAGACCCUUCACAGCUGCUACUACCGAGCAAAGUAACAAAACAUUCACACCAAGUACACACAAGAAACUACUUCUUUCUGUUCCAUCACCAAAAAAAACAUCAAA